AUGCCGGAGGAACCGCAAAAGUCGACUGGCAGUUCGAGUACAACAUCGCAGCAAGGAGGAGAAAAUGGCAACGGCGGCGGCGAAAAGUCAAACGCGACAAGGCGUGGUAGGUCACCCACGCCAGACGAUCCUACUCAACCGAGCCCUUCCUUCCACGAACUCGUCAUGCUCCUCGAGGAGAUCUCCAAGAAGAGCGACAAGAAACGAGAGUUACUGGGCCGGUUCUUUAACCUGGAUAACGAGAGACGACAGUAUGGACUCAAAGAGUCAAAGAUGGCAGACCUGUACAUCUCCAGUCUGAAAAUCCUGCCAGGCUCAGAGCCCGCCCUGAAACUCAAGAACUGGAAGGAAGGAACGCGGGACUCAGCUGGAGAUUUCAGCUUGGCGGUGAGGGAUGUGGUGGCGAGUCGGUCUUUGGUCACUCAUCCGAUGGGACAUACAAUCCGGGAAGUCAACCAGCUGUUGACUAAGCUAUCCAGGAAAGGGUCUGAGAAGGCAGAGAUAUUCAACACGUUGGUGCAGUCAUAUACGGCGCUGGAGAACAAAUGGAUCGUCCGCAUCAUCAACAAGGACCUCAAGGUCGGGAUGAGCGAAAACUCGGUCUUUCCCUGCUACCACCCAGACGCCCUCGAGUUGUUUAACGUGUGCAGCGAGUUGCGGAAAACGGUUAUCGACUGUGCAGAUCCGACAGUCAAGGUGGUCACGGCGAGCGUCAAUGUCAACCAUCCCUUCAAACCUAUGCUCUCGAAACGAUUACCGACAGCAAGGGAUGUUGUCAUCAGCAUGGAGAACAUGCCGUUCUGGAUCGAGACUAAGAUUGAUGGCGAGCGAGUGCAGAUUCACAAGGACGGGGAUAACUAUCGGUAUUGGUCCAGAAACUCGACAGAGUUCACGCAUCUCUAUGGCGCAACGCCCAAGGAAGGCUCUUUGACGCCGUUUAUUCAUCCGCUUAUUAAUCCUAAGGCCGAGAAGUUGAUUCUGGACGGCGAGAUGGUCGAAUAUGAUCCAGCCACGAAGGAGGUCAUUGGCUUCGGAACCGUCAAGACUGCAGGAAAUGAUCACUCGGACUCGACCCACAAGAGGCGUCCAAUGCUGUGUGUGUUUGAUGUGAUUAACAUGAAUGGGGCGUCGAUCAUCGAGCAUAGUCUGGAGACUCGUCGCGAGAUGCUCAACUCCAUUAUCCCAAAGGAAUCGGAAGGCAGGCUUGAGAUCCUGAAGCACACGAUAGGAACAACAGAGCAGCACAUUGUCGAUGCGAUUGAUGAGGCAAUUAUGGAUCGACAAGAGGGCGUGAUUGUCAAGAACCCGAGGUCGGCCUAUAUACCCAAUGGUCGUGGUGAGCAGUGGGUCAAGAUCAAACCGGAGUAUGUCGACGGAGUCUUUGACAGUCUGGAUGUCCUUAUUGUCGGAGGUUACUACGGAUCGGGCACUCGGGGCGGUCAUGGAGUGAUCUCGUCGUAUAUCUGUGCUGUACGGGACAAUACAUCGAAAUCUCAAACGGGGAAGAAGUUCUUGACCUUCUGCAAGUUUGGAUCUGGCUUCACAUAUCAGCAAAUGGGAAAAUUCAGGCAAGUUAUACUAAAGGAUUCUGGAUUGAGGCAUCUGUUCAUUCAGCGGCUGGGACCUCACUGGAAAGAGUACAAGUAUUACCGGGAAAACCCAUGGGUCGACUUAGUUGACAAUGCCAAAAUGCGACCCGACGUGAUCAUCGACCCUGAGAAAUCUAUCGUGGUGGAGAUCAAGGCAUCCGAGAUUCUGGCGAACUCAGAGUCCUAUGCGUCAGAGUAUACUGUCCGAUUCCCACGCUUCCUGCGUGUACGAGAAGACAAGGACGCGUCGUCCUGUAUGACUAUGAGCGAGGUCCAUCGCAUGUACCGAGAGUUCAAGGGAAAGCUGUCCAUGAGAGUCAUUGACACCAGCUUGACCAAGACAAAGACCAAGGCGAAGCAGACCGGACCUCGAAAAGUAAUACAAGCACAUUUGCUGCAAGCCAUGGUCGGGGAUACCAGUGUGGUCAAGGUCGAGACGGAUCUUUUCAAGGGUCAAGUCUUUUGGGUUGUUCAGGGCGAUGCAAUUCAGACCAAAGGAGAGCUCGAGGUGUUGGUCAAGCGUUUCGGAGGGAAGCAAUCGCAGUCGGCGCAAAUGGAUAACACCAUCGUUGUCGCUGGGGAGAAUGGCCCUGGUGUGGUGGGACUAAAAAGGAGGGGCGACAAGAACAUUGUGCUGCCGACCUGGGUCCGUGAUUGCGUCAAGGAGUUGAGGCUGAUCCCCUUGAACCCAAAGUACAUGCUGUUCACCACCAAAGAGACUGAAAAAGAGUUCAGACUGAUCAUGGACGAAUACGAGGACUCUUACACUGACCAACUCAGCACCAGUGCUCUUCAAGAGAUCCUCGGCAAGAUGGUGAACAGGAGCGACCUGGUGAAGCGAAGACGUGAAGAGAAGGCUCAGGAACGUGCGGCAACGAUAAGGACUAAGCGACUCAACAACCUCGAGGACCAACUUGACCACAUUGCCACUGGCACAGGGGUCGAUAGGGAUAUAAAAAGCUCACUUGCAGCCAUGGAACGCGCAGUUGGAGGCUGGGCUCAUCGAGAUGCAAAGAGGGCGCGCAAGAUCACGGCAGCGAUAACCCGAAAAUACUAUGGACAGGACGGCGAAACUGAACCCCCACUGGGAAUGUUUCAGGGCGUCGAAGUUGUCAUAGUCUAUCCGCCUCAACCAGAAGAGCACUUGGCGAACUCGGUGCUGAAGGACAACAAGGGCAAGCAGGUCAUCAAGAGCGAGUAUGAUCUGGACGGACACGGUGCGAGUUAUGGAGGAAGCGGAGCAGGAAACCGUGAGGGUGUUCGCAUCAAGAAUCAAACCAUGUUUGACAUGUUGUCCAAGGCAGUUGAUCAUUGGAAUUGGAAGAAAGAGAGUCAAGGCCGGACGAGUCCUUCUGACGAGGAGCUGUCCAUCCAGUCGAUUAAUCGGGAGGUGGAUAACUUGCACUGGCAGUUGGUCGCUGAAGAGACAAUUCAGAAAGAAAAGCUGGCCCACACUCUCUCCACCCUCACUGACUACAAGAUCUGCCGGAACAACCUUGACAUCGUGAAGGUGAUCCUGGAGUUCCAUGGGGCGAGGGUCAUUCCCCAAGAACAAUGCACCAUUGGCUUUUGUCAACGCCGCCUCCGAAACCGUGUCCGCCUUCGAGAGCGUCUCGAUAACAGCAGCAAAUCUCAGUUCCAGGAAGCAGAGGAGGAGGAGGAGGAGGAGGAUGUGGGUGUGCCCCUGGAGCUGGUGAUACUGUUUGAUCCACUGUAUCUCGACACGGUCGACCUCUGGAUGGACGCUAUGAAGGUGUCGGUCCUGUACGGUCCUCAAGCCAGCACGUUUGAGGUGCCUCGGUUGGUCACCUCGGACUGGGUCAUGCAGUCGCAGAAGAACAGGUACCGUGUUCCUGAGGAAGGCUACUACCCUGUCAAGUAG